UGGGUUUGUGUCAAAUUUAGCAGCACUGCAAGAGGCAACAUCACUCUGCUCCUGACCUGCUCGCGUAGUGUUUACUAAACAUAGCAGAAAGGGAACCAAAUUGCUUCACUUUGCAAGGUUGGAUCAACGCUAUCACACCACUGAUGCCACGACUGAGCCGACAGUUAUAGGAAACACAGUCUUUCCUCCUCAAUCCUAUAUAAAAGAAAAAAGCGCGAAGAGCUUUUCAGUUGCAUUUCCCAGAAUGCAUUGCAGCCAGGAAGCACAUGGGUGAUUUGUUGUGCUUUUUCGAUUCAAAGGGAGAUGAAUGUAUAAAGCACACAGGUUGUCUCGUCGCAGUGACGUAUCUCGAAGCCACUCGAAAACCGAGAAGACGGUAAAAACAAUGGCACUGACUGUACCAUGAGGUUUGAGCUGAGGACAUCAAAUGAAACAUUGCAUUCAACUUUGACAACCAGCUGUCAUGGAAACCAAGGCAAAUGGUUCGAUGGAAACCAAAAGUACGGUGGAGAACGGGCAGCUUCCUGACCCCGCCCACUGGGCUGUAGCCGACGUUGUCAAUUAUUUUAAAGCUACUGGAUUUGAAGAGCAAGCCAACGCUUUCCAGGAUCAGGAAAUCGAUGGCAAGUCUCUAUUGUUAAUGACUCGUAAUGACGUUCUGACUGGACUCUCGAUAAAACUGGGCCCAGCUCUGAAGAUUUACGAGUACCACGUGAAGCCGCUUCAGACCCAACACUUAAAAAGCAAUGCCUCAUAGCACUCCGGACGGGCCGAGCCUUGGAAGACAAUCACGCCAUGGAACAGCAGGGUAACUGCAGACUGAAGACAAGGCCAUGUCCUCAUGUGCGUUUUUAUGCAUCCUUGUGGGCAAAUCCACACAAAAAAACUUUAAUGUGAAUUUCUUUCUCGUUCUGAAUUAGUUGUACAGGUAUAACUCUGUUUCUUUUUUGGUGUGCGUGUUGGGGGCCUGGUGCUGGACUGAUGUUAUGACUGAAGUUUGUUUAAAAAAAAUGAUCCUUUGCAAACAUGUAAAGAUGUCAAAAUAUUGAGUUUGGUUUGCAGUUUUUAAAAAAUUUUAAUGUAAAAUAUUGUGUGAAAGUAUUUGGCACUAAACCGAUAAACACUAUUGUGUAAGGUGUUGCUUGGUGUAACAUGAAUUUUCAGAGGUUUUAUGGAAAAUGAACUUAUUGCAUUAUUGAUCUGUAUAUAAAAAGUGACUAAAGGAGUGGAUCAGUUAUUUUGUUGGUGCUUGCUUCCUCUUCUCCUUAAGGUAUUUAAGUCUUUAAUGGUUAUAAAUGAAUUACAGCACACACGAUCCUGUUGGGCUGUGAAAAGUAACCAUGCUGCAGCUGUAUGUGUUUAUAAUAAAGAUUUAUUGAAAAGA